CGGGAACGCGCAGAGCAAGCAGUGGGCGGAGAUUCCUCGAGCUCAGUGCGUGCGCUGCGUGCGGUGAUUUGUAAGGAGCUUUCAGAGGAGUCGGUGUUGAUUUUUCUGUCGGUGAUCGGUAGAUUUUGAAGAUCCUCCAUCAUGCAUGUGGACUUUGAGAAGCUGCGGAUGAGCGGCGCUGGAAAAGCCAUCGCCGUGCUGACGAGCGGCGGGGACGCGCAGGGUAUGAAUGCUGCGGUUCGCGCUGUAACACGCAUGGGCAUUUUUGUGGGCGCUAAAGUCUACCUGAUAUAUGAGGGUUAUCAAGGCCUGGUGGACGGAGGAGAUCACAUCAAACUGGCGAACUGGCAGACCGUCACCAACAUCAUCCAGCUGGGUGGCACCAUCAUUGGCAGUGCCCGCUGUAAGGCCUUCACCACACACGAGGGUCGUCUGGCGGCGGCGUUUCACCUGCUGCAGCGCGGCAUCACCAACCUGUGUGUGUGUGGAGGAGACGGCAGCCUGACCGGAGCCAACACCUUCCGCAGCGAGUGGAGCGGCCUACUGGAGGAGCUCGUACAGCAGGGGCGCAUCACGGCCUCUCUGGCGCAGCAGCACACACACCUGAACAUCGUGGGUCUGGUGGGCUCCAUUGAUAAUGAUUUCUGUGGGACGGACAUGACCAUCGGGGCGGACUCUGCUCUACACAGGAUCAUGGAAGUGAUUGAUGCCAUCAGCACCACUGCACAGAGUCAUCAGAGGACGUUUGUGCUGGAGGUGAUGGGCCGACACUGCGGGUAUCUGGCGGUGGUCUCGGCUCUGGCGUCUGGUGCUGAUUGGCUGUUCAUCCCGGAGGCUCCACCAGAGGACGGAUGGGAAGAUCACAUGUGCGCUCGGCUGGGGGAGGUUCGCAGUAAGGGGUCGCGUCUGAACAUCGUGAUCAUCGCAGAAGGAGCGAUUGAUAAACAAGGGCAGCUCAUCUCCUCCAGCUACGUCAAAGAUCUGGUGGUUCAGCGGCUGGGUUAUGACACGCGGGUCACCGUCCUUGGGCACGUGCAGAGAGGAGGAACACCGUCCGCCUUCGACAGAGUCCUGAGCAGUAAGAUGGGUGUCGAGGCUGUGGUUGCGCUGCUGGAAGCGACUCCAGAAACGUCGGCAUGUGUGAUCGGCCUGUCGGGGAAUCACGCCAUGCGUCUGCCGCUCAUGGAGUGUGUGAACAUGACUAAAGAGGUGCAGAAGGCUAUGAAUGAGAAGAGGUUUGAGGAGGCCAUUCAGCUGCGGGGAAAGAGUUUCGAGAACAACUGGAACACGUACAAGCUUCUAGCUCACCAGAAACCGGCUCUGUCAAAGAGUAAUCACUCGAUGGCGAUUCUGAAUAUCGGCGCUCCGGCCGCAGGGAUGAACGCCGCCGUCAGGUCAGCUGUUCGAGUCGGACUCGCUCACGGACACAGAGUUUACACUGUUCAUGACGGGUUCGAGGGGCUCGCUAAAGGCAUGGUGACGGAGGUGCAUUGGCAUGAUGUGGCAGGAUGGACGGGUCAGGGCGGAUCACUGCUGGGCACCAAACGAACUCUUCCAAACUCCUGCAUGGAGAGCAUCGUGGACAACAUCAGCAAAUACGACAUCCAGAGUCUGCUGGUCAUCGGCGGAUUUGAGGCGUAUGAAGGAGUCCUCCAGCUGGUAGAGGCUCGCGGCCGCUAUGACGAGCUCUGCAUCUGCAUGUGUGUCAUUCCUGCCACCAUCAGCAACAAUGUGCCGGGCACAGACUUCAGCCUGGGGGCAGAUACUGCGGUAAACGCCGCCAUGGAGAGCUGUGAUAAAAUCAAGCAGUCUGCAUCAGGAACCAAACGCCGCGUCUUCAUAGUGGAGACCAUGGGGGGAUUCUGCGGGUAUCUGGCAACCACUACAGGCAUCGCUGUGGGAGCGGACGCGGUGUACAUCUAUGAGGAGCCGUUCAACAUUCACGACCUUGAGACAAAUGUGGAGCAUCUGACGGACAAAAUGAAGAAUGAUAUUCAGAGGGGACUAGUGUUGAGGAAUGAGAAGUGUCAUAAGCACUACACCACAGACUUCAUCCAUAACCUGUACUCUGCUGAGGGCCAAGGAGUGUUCGACUGCAGGGUCAAUGUGCUGGGUCACCUGCAGCAGGGUGGCGUCCCCACUCCAUUCGACAGGAACUUCGGCACUAAGCUGGGAGUGAAGGCGGUUCAGUGGCUGACGGAGCACAUGAGCGCCACCUACAGACAGGGCCGUGUGUUUGCAAACGCUCCCGAUACGGCAUGUGUGAUUGGCAUGAAGAAGAAAGUGAUGUCCUUCAGCCCCGUCACUGAGCUCAAGGAACACACAGACUUUGAGCACAGGAUGCCGAAGGAGCAGUGGUGGCUGAACCUGCGGCCCAUGCAGAAGAUGUUGGCCAAAUAUCAGACCAGUUUCGACGAAUACGUGACCGGAGAGAUCGAACAUGUGACCCGUCGAACCCUUAGCAUCGAGACGGGCUUUUAGAGCUAGCGCUAGCAUUAGCAAGCCUUCAUCCUCCUUAACCAAAUUAACCCUCCAGACCUCUGAGCCAACAAACACUAGUAUUAUCCAGCACACAAUUAAAGAGAGACUCGUUUACUGAUGCUUUAGUGAAACACGCCCCUAUUAUUGAGAAUAAUUUAAUUUCUCACAUCCUCUAGAGUUAAACCGCAGAGUUUUAGCAUUUCUGAAUCCAUUCAGCUGAACUCUGGCUCUGGCUGGAGCACUUUUAGCUUAGCUUAGCAUA